AUGUCGGCCUCCACCUCCACGUCGCUUUGGACGCCACUCAAAGUCGGGCCCAUCACACUCAGUCAUCGCAUCGUGAUGGCCCCCUUGACCCGCAUUCGAGCCGACCAGGACCAUGUCCCGCAACAAGUCGCGGCCGAGUACUACGAGCAACGCAGCAACACCCCGGGUACGCUCCUCAUAUCGGAAGCGACCUUCAUCAGCCCUCAGGCGGGCGGAUCGGGCAACGUGCCCGGCAUCUGGAGCGAGGCGCAGAUCCAGGGAUGGAAGAAGGUCGUCGACGCCGUCCACAGCAAGGGUGGCUUCAUCUUCCUCCAACUCUGGGCCCUCGGUCGUGCCGCCGAUGCCGACAACCUCAAGCAAGAGGGCGGCUUUGACGUCGUUUCGGCGUCGGACGUGGCCUUCAAAGGCGGCGACAAGCCCCGACCCCUGACCGAGGACGAGAUCAAGCAGUACACCGCCGACUAUGCGACGGCUGCCAAGAACUUUGUCGAAGGCGCAGGCGGAGACGGUGUCGAGAGUGAGUUUGCAUCUCAGGCUAUGAGAAAAUCUUGCACUUUGUCUUGAUUUUAGCCCGAGUUUUUUCGUCAACAGUUCACAGCGCCAACGGCUACCUGAUCCAACAAUUCCUUGAAACUAACUCGAACAAGCGGACGGACCGAUACGGUGGAUCCGUCGAGAACCGAGCCCGUUUCGGUUUAGAGGUUGUUGACGCCGUCGCCCAGGCCGUCGGCGCAGACCGUACCGGUAUCCGAUUGAGCCCGUACACGACCUUCCAAGGCAUGAAGAUGCCCGAGCAUGAAGACAUCAUCGACACAUACACGUACUACGUCAAGCAGAUCAAGGAGAGGCACCCUGAGCUCGCUUACGUCCACGCCGUUGAAUCGCGCAUCGCCGGUAACGUCACCGAGGACGCCGACGAGCGAGAGACGCUCGACUUUUUGUACGACGUCUGGACCCCUUCGCCCUUCUUGGUCGCCGGUGGGUUCAAGCGCGAGGAUGCCGAGCCCGUCACCGCCGCUCGCAAGAACACGGCCAUCGUCUACGGCCGCUACUUCAUCUCGAACCCGGACCUAGUCGAGCGAGUGCGCAAGGGCGUCGAGUUUGCCGAUUACGACCGCGCCACGUUCUACAUCCCUGGACCCCAGAACACCAAGGGGUACACGGACUACCCCAAGGCCACCUAG